CUGUGUGCGACUCUAGCAGCAGCAACAGCAGCAGCAAGCGCUGAAUGGUCCCCGCCUCUCCGGGGAGUUUCCUCACGGGGAAGUUUGACUUUAUGUGUAGCACCUGUUGUGCCGCCAGUCGGCCGUCUGCACUCGCCAAAAAGUAGGAGCCAUCGUCGCAGACACCUAAAAUAAGACCAUAAUAGACCUUAAGUUGCUUCAGAAAGUUGGAUAUGAGUCGGUCGCGAGUUACAUCAUUUGGAAAUUAAACGAGAACCGUUUCAACAAGUAUGCAUCGCGUGCGCGUUUACGCAGAUGGACUGUGUUUGGGAAAAGUCGAGCACUUUGCAGAAAGGCACAUGUAUGUUUCGCGUUUCAACAGAUUUUAGUUGUGAGAUUGCAGCCGUACGCACGUUGAAAUAUCCUUUUAACGCGAUUUGUCAAAACUACUAGGCUAAUUUGCUAACAGGUGCGCGCUCACUCCAGCUCCUUCAACUGUGCGCAGAUGCUUCUCCGUUAACUUUCGCCAACAAAGUUGCCAGAAACCGGAGAAAUACUCAGGAUUAUGUGGACUUCACCUUGCACGUACCUCUCACAGACGUGUCCAAAGUUGGAUACUCGUCUCACAAGCAAUAUAUUUGCAUGGUGAUUGAAAAAGUACAUCCAAAGUGCAUAUAAGCACCGACAGCCAUCAUUUAUCCAAAUGAUUUCGUUGCUUCUCUUAAUUCUUGUAUCGUCUCUUCAUCCGCGUGAGUCGGUGGCGGAAUCGAGUCACAGUAAGAUUCUCCACACCGGUACGAAAGACCAAAACGGAGUUCAAGAGUCUCAACAUGAGAAGAUCCUCACUGUCACUGGGGAAGGAAUUAUUCACAGUCCUAACUUCCCCAACACAUAUCCUCGCAAUACAGUUAUAGUUUGGAGACUGGUGGCAGUCACAGAGGCAUCUAGAAUCCAGCUGACCUUUGAUCAACGCUUUGGCCUGGAGGAUUCAGACGAUGGCAUUUGCAAGUAUGAUUAUGUGGAAGUGGAGGAGCCUGUCGGAGGGAUGGUACUGGGGCGUUGGUGUGAUUCCCAAGUGCCCCCAGGGCCACAAGUAUCCAAGGGUAACCAGAUCCUGAUCCGCUUCGUCUCUGAUGAAUAUUUUCCAUCGGACCCAGGUUUCUGCAUCCGUUAUUCUUUACUUCAACAGAAACAACAGGAGCCUGAGGCAGCUGCGCAGGUUCUUUCAUGGAUGCAGAGUGUUGAUGCUUUGAAUGAGGCUGUAUCUACUUUCAGUACAAUGGAGGAGGUGAUGAAAUACUUGGAGCCAGAGCGCUGGCAGGUGGACAUGGAGGACCUUUACAAGCCUACUUGGCAGGUGGUGGGCAAGUCUUUCUUCCACCAAAAGAAAAGAGGAGUGGUGGAUCUAAACCUGCUUCGAGAGGAAGUACAGAUGUACAGUUGCACUCCACGAAAUUUUUCCGUCUCACUGCGCGAAGAGCUGAAAAAGACAGACGCGAUCUUUUGGCCCAGUUGCCUGCUGGUGAAGCGCUGCGGGGGAAACUGUGCCUGCUGCUCUCAUCGCUGCUAUGAUUGCCAGUGCUCGCCCACCAAGGUGGCCAAGAAAUACCAUGAGGUUUUAAUGCUAAAACACAGGACAGGGGGUCGCGGGCUGCAAAAAACUCUGACAGACGUCCUCUUGGAGCACCACGAGGAGUGUAGCUGUGUGUGUAAAAAUGACUCCGACUAAACCAGUCCUAGGAAAAUACACUGGCCCCCCAACAGACUUUGCUUCACCCAGGGAAUUUUUUUCUGGCAAAGUGAGCGUUUUUACCCUGAUGUUGCAAACUAAUGAAACCCAGGUUUGGAGAUCUUAUCUUGACUCAUCUAAGCCUAUAGUUCCAUUCUCUUCGGGCUCCAAAUCCAUCAAGAAUUAACCCAUGAAGUUUCCACUGGCCUCAUGAUAGCAUGGAAUAUUUGGAGGAUAAUUGGACACAGUCCUUACUUCUGUGUGUGCAGGUUUGCAUAUAAUGUACUGUAUAAGUGUGUGUGUGCGCACAUGCACAGACCAAUCCAGGUUUAGGAAAUGAGAAUGCGGAAGAGAUGAUCUUAAAAUUUAUAUCUUGGAUUCCAGGAUAACUAGAUGGCCUGAAGUGAGUUGAGUGAUUUUGGUUUGGAUGAGUAAGUGAAUAAAAGGAAGAGAGAGAAAAUGAGAAAAAGCCAAACUAAACUAUGAAUUACUGUUACUCCAAAGGGACUCAUGUGUUUCCUAAAGAUGUGUUACUUGAGGAGCAAGCACAUUUGGCAACAGAUGUUUUCUUGAAUAGUUUUUGGGCUUAUUUUUCAUCACAGAAAAUAUCAAAGGACCCUAGCUGUAACAUCGUGCAUCCACUUUCAAAGGAGGACAAUUUUGUGGUGGUUUGGACACUGUCUUUUAUAGGAUAUCCCAAAGACAUGAAUUUCUUGAAUAGACCAGCUCUCCACUGUCUUCUUAUCACUGAAUUGAAAGCCAGAUUUUCAUUAAUAGAUUGUAAAGAGUCAUUCAGGGAAGAUGAGCAUGUCAUUUUGCUACUUUUCAAAAUGAAAUGAUUGAACAGCGGAAAUCUUUUUGCUCAUCUUUUACUGUUUGAAACGAACUAUAGACUCUUGUGAGAAUGGCUUCAUUCACACUAUUAAACUAUAAAAAUGCAAAAGUGAAUCUUGUGUAAAUACAUUUAAAGUUCUGUUUUUUGGACUUUUUUCUACAUUAUUACAAUUUUUGGUACUGAAUUUUUGGACAGUUUUGUUAGAAUCUUUUUCCGCUUUCAUAAUCACAGUAGUAUUUUGUUGCAGUAUUAGGCACUCUUUUGUGGAGACAUUUAUACUUUUCAAUUCCACUUGUUUGAUAUACGUAAUAAAGCAUUGUUUUGGAUUAAGGAAUGUUAGAUGUUCAUGUACAUAGACUUUUUAGAAUUUAAAGGGACAUAGAACUGCCAGUACUCUGUUGCUCUUACCAUUUAAAUGAUUAUCAAACUUUUUGUGGGUUUUCCAAGUGACACACAAGUUAUAAACUGCAACCUGACAUCAACCUUUCAGAUAUAAAAGAUGCAUUAAAACACAUCAAACUGC